CAGUCAUCUAGUUCUUUUUCUUCUGCGCCACACUACCGCGAAGCUCGGAGCUGUAUCUGACCAUGUCUGGCCUGGAGAAUGCCAUGGGCACCCUGAUCGAGGUGUUCCACAAGUACGCGGAGAAAGAGGGGGACAAACACAAGCUGAAGAAGAGCGAACUGAAGGACCUAAUUACCCACGAGUUCCCCUCCUUCUCUGAGCAAGUAAAGGACCAGGCCACUAUGGACAGCCUGAUGGAGGGCCUCGACGCCGAUGGAGACUCAGAGUGCGACUUCCAGGAGUUCAUGACUUUCGUCACCAUGGUUACCGUCUGUUGCCAUGAGUUCUUCUGUGAGCUCCACGAAGACGAAUAAUGGGGGCUCGCCCGGGGAUGGGAGUCAAAUUUAGGGUGGGGUGGGGUGGUGGACACAUAGUGAUAGAGUAAGAAAAAAAUAGUGUGUAAUCAUGUGAGAGAAAGAAAAAAAUAUGUAAUGUAAGCCUUUUUUCUCUUUCUCACUUCUACUUUUGUCAGCAUUAUUCUUUUCUUUUUCUUAAGCAACUUGCUCUUGCUUGGUACUCUAGUGCUGUUAUUUCUCUGUUUACUUUAGAUAUGUGUGAAUAUUUGCGUGAACAUGCCUUCCUCUCCCUUAAUUUAUAAUAUAUUUUUGUGGUGGUUUGUUACUGAUGACAAUGAAAUUACCCUGCUUGUUCAAUCUUAGUUACAGCCCAACAUUUUGUGCGGAAUUCUCCAGUUUGUUCAAUUCUACUGGAAAUAUGCAAUGCAAUGUUUUUCUUCUGAGUUUGGUGUCUAAUUGAUGCUCCCAUUGAACCGCUUAUUUGAAUUUUACAGCUGUCACCAACAAACAUCUUUACACUUAUUUAAAGAAGUGUGUAUUUGUCCUCUGUAACCCAUCUGUUGUGUUUUGAAGGAUUUCAUGAUAGUGGGCAAGACUAGACAAAGCAUUUCGUCUGAUGUGGAAUUGUUCUGUGCUGUUUUCCCUCAAUUCACAAACCUGUGCUUUGUGUUUUGAAACAGAUGUGUCAAGGUGCAAGUCUGGUUUGCUCAGGGAAUGAACACAUGCCAGGUGUCUUCAUUCACUGGCUGAACCAACACAGUCUCAUCCCAACUCGUCCCUCUCUGAGCAACGUUGACCAGGUGGCAAGUUUUGACAUUGAGGGCAUACCUGCCAGGUCACAUGUUGACUAGGUCGCCUAAUCCUAGACCUUUCCAUAACCCUAACGUUCAGUGAAGUUAUGUUGCCACAAGGGGGCGCCUUUGAGGUGCACAUCACUUUUUGAUGUCAAGGGCAUAACUUGUGUCAGAAAUCGCUGUCUGCUCAAAGGUAAUCAGAAAUUGACAAGUUGGGAUGAUACACUGUAGGCCGAACCAACCCAACUCUUUUCUCUUUGACACGGAUGUCAUUCUGGCACGUAGGGCACAACAUUUCUCCUCAGCAAGAAACAAAACAUUUAAUGUGUAACAUUGAGGACAACAUUAAAUACCAACAUUGGUCAUCACAACUCACACAAUUGGAGCAUGACAUUGAAAAGAAAGCUGCUCUCUUUGGUAGGACUUUUAUGAAUGAGAUGACAACUCCUCAACCUUCUCAAGCCAACCUUUGCUGCACAAAUACAACUAAACCUUAGUAUUACAAAAAAAAGAGUUCAGCGUAGGUAGCAUUGUACAUUAUAACCAAACUGGUAGCCAAGAAACUGCCUUUGCAUAUGAAGAGGUGGAAAAGGUUCAGCAAAGAGACAGAAAAGCUACAGUACUGUGAUUCUGUUGGGACCAAGGUUGAGAGUCUGUCACUUGAUUACAAUCCUGGGUUCAGAAAAACAAAAACCCUUCCUUGUUCACUAAGUCACCUUUCAAUAACCCUUUCAGUGCUAAAUACGAUCAGCUGAAUCCAUAUUCAAAGUCACUACAGUUACUUUAAAUCAAACGUGUUAUUUUUUAACCCUUUACCUUUCAUGUUGCCAUGGUGUAGAGUAGCGCUGUGAGGAAGAUGGAAGUUAUACCAUCAAAACAGAUUUUACAUGUCCGAGUUAAAGGAAAAUUAGUGACUUUGAUUUAACAAUAAGGCAUAUUGAAUAUUGCACAUUAUUCAGAACUGUUUUCAUCUAAAUUCAUGGCAGGGUUUUUAGUUUCUCAACCCAGAAUUGACACCACUGCUUGUUAUUCAAAGUAUUUAAAAAAGGAGAAAAGAACUAUUGAUGGGGGGGCAUGCAUUGAAGAAAACGUGCUUUGUGUUGCACAGACAUCGAAUAAAACUGUUGGCAGAACUGA